AUGGUAUCGGCGUCGAUUAACAAAAGCCAGAAAUCUAUCGAGACUUAUGGAGAUCUAGUUAAAUACUUUGGGUCAUUUUUACAGACACACCACCGCCACUUCAAAGUUGAUUUGAAUGAGACACCACACAAAUCUGGAACAGCAAAAAUAUGGACAGAAUUUUUAUUUGUCUGCCAAAUUAAGGGGACACUUUUGUCCAAUUUACACUGUUUUCCAGUUUUCCAAUUUUCCAGAUUUAGGACAAUAUUUUUGAAUGAGCUAUACCAAAACCAAACCCCGCCGUGCCAUAGUGAACUAAAUGAACCACUUGACAAAUCCCGAGAGCAGAAAUUUGGGACAAAGUGUGAAUUUGCCCAUCAAAUUAAGUGUACACUUUUGACCAAUUUACUGUUAUCGGGCUAUCGGGCUAUCGGGCUAUCGGGCUAUCGUGAUUCAGGAUUAUAUUUUUGA